CAUCCACUGCCGUUCGUCCCUCUGUUAGCCGAAAUCUCCUUAAAGUUUCUCUUUAAAAAAAACUUGGAUACCACAAAAAGUAAACUAAACAAGUGACUCAAUUUUUAUUAACAAUUUACAUACAUAAUUAUAUACGUAAUUAACAUGAGAUACAUAGAUUUAAUGAAAUAUAUGUAGUCAUACACACAUCUAUAUAGAAAAAAAAUAUCUACGUAUAAAUAUUUAUACAGUUGCGCGUAUGUGUGUGUGCGAAUAGAUUCACUUGUUGAGUAAGUGGUCUGUGGCAGACAGAUACAGUUGCGCGGAAGUAACUUAUUGGUCAGUGUGUGCUUUUCAUUAAUACUAAGAUGUGGGCGGAACUACGUUGACUGAAGCUGGUGCUGCUGAGACAAUGGGGGAGAAAUGUCCAGCGGAACCGGACUUGUGCGAUGUCGAGGGAGUUGACCUCUCGCAGGAAUCCCUCGGUACGUUGGAAUCUGACCAAGGCAUUGUAGGGUCACAAGACAGCUACACUUCUAUACUUCCGGAAGACGGUGCUAAAGUUAAGAAAAAGAAGAAAGAUGGCAAAAAGACUAAGAAGAAGAAAAGUUCCAAGUCCAAAUCUAAAGACGGAGAUUCGAAAGACAGUGAUGGCAAAGAACAUAAAACAAAAAAGUCGUCGAGUAGUCGACGCCCUGAACCCGAGGGGGGUAACACAACCUCAAAUGUCACCAUGGACGAAUUUGACAAGGUUAUUUACAAUAAUGAUCCCUUAUUUUCUGACCUUGAGCUUUCCGACAAAGAGGGUGACUCCGAGUUACAGGUGCCGUCCAGGCAAAGACGCCAAACUCGUUUGAUGGGUGUGGGUAGCAGUGGAAUAGUCAUUCCCUGUACCCAGUUCGGCUUAAAUUCGAACACCAUGAUCAAAUUUGCAAUCAUAAGCACUGAACUGCAAAAUGUCCUUCAAGUGUCGCUGAAAAGGUGUGAAUCCGAAAUUGCUGGUCUCAACCGACGAAUUCAGCUUUUGGAGGAAGAUCUUGAACGCUCAGAAGAGAGAUUGUCAACUGCCCAGACUAAAUUAGACGAGGCAUCAAAGGCUGCAGAUGAAAGCGAGAGAGCCAAGAAAGCACUUGAAAACAGAGGUGCACAUGAUUAUGACAGAAUCUGCUGUCUAGAAGAUAUCGCAAGAGAAAACACACAAACAGUUAAUGAUGCAGAACAGAAAUACGAGGAGACAGUACGCAGACUUAAAGUUGUUGAACAUGAAUUAGGAAUUGCUGAAGAAACCAGCUUACAUAAUAAAAGCAAAAGGCUUGACAUUGAAGAACAGCUACAUGUAGUUGGUAAUACUUGCAAAACAAUUGAGGUCCAAUGCGAACAGGCCUCCCAAAGAGAGGACAGCUACGAAGAGACUAUUCGGGAUCUGACACACAGAUUGAAGGAGGCUGAGAACCGUGCCGCUGAGGCUGAAAGAACUGUUUCCAAGUUGCAGAAAGAGGUUGACAGACUGGAAGGCGAUUUGGAGAAAGAACAGCUGAAGACUAAGAAGCUGCAGGAAGAGAUGCAACAGACUUAUAUGGAGAUUCAUGAACUUAUGCAGUAAGAUGCCCAAUGUUAGCCACCCUUUUCUAAUGUUGAGAUGAACUGCUUGCUGAAAAGGAAAGAUACAAAGCUAUCAGUGAUGAGUUGGACCAGACAUUUGCAGAAUUGGCUGGGUAUUAAGUUCACUAUUAUGACUAUGACAGAUCAGCUGCUCUUGCGUCAGACUAUUAGAUAAGUCUUUCUGCAGUCAUGUGAUGAUCAAAAAAAAAAAAGAAAUUAUAAUAAUAAUGAACAGCUGUAACAUUUCUGAGCUGCACUUGAUGAAUAAAUACCUUCUUGUCCAGAGUGGAACAGACUAUCAAAAAUUUACUCUUGCAGACAAAUAAAUUUAAAAAAAUAUCAUAAAAAAUUUAACCUACCAAAAACCUGUAUCCAAAGUAAAAAGAGAAAAUAACAACACUCCCAGAUCAUA